CCGGGUGAGUGGUGACCUUGGGUUGCAGUUUGAAAAUGGCGGCUCUACAUAGAUUUGGUUCGCUGUGUGGGAGAGGAGUAAAACCUAUCCUGUUGAGUAAAUCUGCUCUGAUUCGUCCUUUGUUGUCCACCAAUCGCACACAGCAACCGCCAUUUCUCUUGGGUUCACAGAUCCGCAUGUCUCCUGUACAUAAUGCUUCUAGUUCUGCAUCCUUCCACUGGACCUUGGAACGGAGCUUGAGUCUAGCCUUACUGGGAAUGAUUCCUGCUGCUUAUGUAUAUCCAGGUGCAGUGAUGGAUUAUUCUUUGGCAGCAGCUUUAACUUUACAUGGGCACUGGGGCCUUGGUCAGGUGGUUAUUGACUACGUCCAUGGAGAUGCGAAGGUUAAAGCAGCCAAGGCAGCCCUGUUUGUUCUCUCUGCUACCACAUUUGCCGGCCUCUGCUACUUCAACUAUCAUGACGUGGGCAUCUGUAGGGCAGUUGCCAUGCUCUGGAGUCUGUAAAUCAAAUUGAUCUCUUCAGCAAGGAUACCUUUCAUUAUAAAAUUAGCAAUUUGGAAAAUGUAACAAAUAUAAUGAGGAAGCAUUUGAUUUUGUGUCCUGUUUUUCCUCAGAAGGGUGUAAAGGCCCCCUACAUGCCACCAUUUCAUGUCAAUCUGCCACAGAGAAGUUUCUAAAGCACUUUUGGGCUCCAUUAAGCAGGAUUGUGAAUAGGUGAAGUAAUUCAAGACUAAUGUUGCAUAUUAAACUUUUAAAAUAUGACCCAGCUACCAUAUUGCUUUGCUGCAUUGUGCUCAUUACAAAGCAGGACAGCUGUGCUCAAUACGUAAUUGAGUAUUCAUUUCUCAAGAUCAGGUAAAUGCAUCGACACUCCAUAGUUUUUUUUUGAUUGUCAAAGCGUCAGUCUUUGGAAUCUCCUGAUCUUUGCAGAAGUCUAUACUAAGAUUUGUGUAAACCGAAACAGCAGGCAGUAUUUACAUAGCCAUUAUUAUUUUGUAUGUACUGUAUAAUAUAUAUGUUAUAUGUAAUUAUUCCCGGUUUUUCAAUAAACAUCCCCAAAUAUGUACA